AUGCGCGAAUGGGUGUCUAUUACUGGGCAUUAUGUUUCGUAUGGUCAAGAUGCACCAGAGAUACUGGACGUGUCGUCACCCAAGGGCGAGGUCGGCAAAGUUGCCAACCUCAGCUGCAGCGCGGCGCCGGAGAAAGCGGAGAUUGUUUGGUUAUACAAAGGAGAGGCGGUUAAAUUCGACGAAAGGAUCAAAGUACAAACGGAAGAGAGACAGUUGCAAAAGAAGGACCUUGACGGAAACCCGCAAAAAUACAAAAUGUCAAACCUUAGCAUCGCCAAUGCGACUUCUGAAGACGCUGGCAAUUACACCUGUAUCACACAGCUGGGUGAAGCGAAGAUCGAGAGGGUGCUGGUACUCGAUAUGAGCUUUCCGGGCAAGUUGGUGAAGAAGACACCUGGACCAAUUAGGCAGAAUGUUACGGACCAAGCUAAUGUCACCAUGCAGUGUGUAUUUGAAGUUUAUAAACCUGGAGAAGUCCAAUGGUGGAAGAGGGCGAAAGAGAAUGAGGUGAUAGAUUUGGAAACGAAGCCAGCCGUCCAAUUGGAUCUAAAACAGAUUGAAAGUACCUAUGUGUUGCACAUUAAAAGUCCAGAAGACAACGGUACUUACAUCUGCGAAGUUUGGGAUCCAGUGACUUCAUCUAAUAUCAGUGGAGAAAUUGAUGUAAUAGUGUACGCUGCACCACUCGUAGUAAUAGACACGGUAAUUCCAAUCAGUUCUACCCAACUUUUUCUUAACUGGACAAUACGAUCGUACAACUCGCCGAUCAAAAGUUACAAUUUAAUGUAUCGGAGGCUCCCUUCCACUGACUAUAGUUUGUACACAAGAGAAAAGAUAGGAGUCAAAAAUAUAUCUUUCGUGAUGGAGGGGUUGGAGAAAUCGACAUCUUACCAGCUUAAGUUAGAAGUGACCACUGCGUAUGGACAGAGCAAGCCACAUGUGUAUGACACAACAGUGAAAACCCUGGACAAAGAUCCUAUAUUCGUUCCCAAUAUAUCAAUAAAUGGUUUUUCCGCUACCUCCGUGACAAUAGGUUGGGCACCACCGCCAGAAGACAUCGCUGAGCUGAUACAUUACUAUCUUCUAGAAGCGAGGAAAAAGGAUGAAGUAGCGCCAAGAAGAGCGUAUCAUUCGAGGGAUAGUAGGAAUUUGCCGUAUAUGUUUGACAACUUGGAGCCGCACAGUACUUAUCUUUUUCGGGUGUGCGCAUGUUCAGACUUCACUAAACGCUGCGGCAACUGGUCUGAGGAGAUGAAGGCGAACACUUUAGGCGGGACACCUGGCCGGCCCAGCAACGUCACCAUACAGUGCUCCAACGGUUUCAUGAACCUAACUUGGGACCCACCGCUUAAGCUCAACGCUGAAAUUAAGGCGUAUAGUAUGAACUUGAGCGGUAUCGCGACGUAUAAGGAUCGCUACGGGAGACUACAGAGAGAACCGUGGGGUCCUAUGUAUCGAUCUAAAACCAAUGAUACGAGAAGUGCACGAUUCGACGACCUGCCACCGAACACGAACUACACGGUGCGGCUGAGCGCGGUGACGCGCACACAGCGGCGCGGCGAGGAGGAGACCAAGCGCUGCAGCACGCCGCCCGCGCAGCCGCCCGCGCCGCGCCCGCGCUGGAUCAAGAUUGUCGAAGAUGACAAAUACAUGUUAAAAUUAAGUUUGCCGAGGCUGUCGGAGAGGAAUGGCCCAAUAUGUUGUUAUAGAAUAUACAUGAUGAAAUUACUACCGCGUUCAGAUUGGAGCAAACUGCCUUCGCCUCGUGACGUCAGUAUAGUGGAUUAUGAAGAAGCGCAUGGCGUUCAUCCAGUCCUCGGGGCAUAUAUAGCUGAUGCUUUCUCGCAUGACAAGUUCCCGCUAGGUGCAGACGUAAUAGAAAUGAUAAUGGGUGACGAGAACGUCGUCUUUAAUACCGAUGACGCAACCUUACACAGCGAUAUGUGUCGCCGAUGCCUAAAAAAACCCAGGCGGCCCUAUUUUGAUAUUCCCCCUCCCAAAACUUCUGUAACGACCACUCCCACUACAACUACAAAGGACGAGUUUUUCGACGAGGAAGAUCUGUCUACAGCAGAACCUGAAGAGAUUAAAAGGGACAGAAGGUCCUAUCCUGAUUUUGACCGAAGUGAUAACGACUAUACAAGAAACCCAAUGAUGGUCGACAGUGCGGAUGACUAUAUAACAGUUAAAGAUGGUCUCCUUGACCCCAUAGCUAACUACACACUGUUUGUUGAAGUGAUACCCGGGCGAGCGCAGGAUGAGGCGGUGUACAGCGAGUACGUGAAGGUGCUGAUGCCGGCCGCCAGUGCCUCUGCGACCGCCCCGCCCGCCCCACUCGAGCUCGCGCUGCUGGCUAUGUGCUCGGUGGCAGCGCUGGUGGUGCUGGUGAUGGUGGUGGUGUGCGUGGUGCAGACGCGGCGCUCGCGCAAGCUGCCGCCGCACGCGCAUGUCGAGAUGAACCCGCUGCAGGUCGCGCUCCGAUACGUCGUGGGCUCACUGGGCGGUAGGCAGCAGUUGAUAUCGGCGGUGCCGCCCGACAUGCCACCAAUAGCAAAGGAGGAUCUAGCGGCUGCCUACGCUGAGAGACAAGCAGACUCGGACUAUGGAUUCCAGAAAGAGUUUGAGAUGCUGCCCGAGUGUUUCCCGGAUCGUACCACGCACGCUUCGGAGGCGCGCGAGAAUCAACCAAAGAAUCGAUACCCGGACAUCAAGGCGUACGACCAGACCCGUGUCAAGCUGUCGCAGGUCGAUGGGAUAUCCGGAUCUGAUUACAUCAACGCCAACUACGUAAUGGGAUAUAAGGAACGCAAACAGUUUAUCUGUGCUCAAGGACCCACGGAUACUACAGUUAACGAUUUUUGGCGCAUGAUAUGGGAACACGGGUUGGAGUUGAUCGUGAUGCUGACCAAUCUUGAGGAGUAUUCCAAGGUCAAGUGCUCUAAGUAUUGGCCGGACGAGGGUAGAGGCUCGAGAGCGUUUGGCAAUAUAACAGUCCACCAUGUGUCUGAGAAACGGUAUUCGGAUUAUAUUGUGAGGGAGUUGAGGAUUACGAAACAACCACUCAACGCCGACGGUCAACCUAUUAUUGAAAACAAUGGCAUCGCUAAGAGAAAUGGAGAUUGUAAGGAAGCGGCGGACGGCAGUCAUCCAAAUUCGCCUCAGACGCGAGGCGAGUCGAGACUGGUGCGUCAGUACCAUUUCCUAAUGUGGAAGGACUUCGCUGCGCCGGAGCAUCCGUACUCAAUAUUGAAGUUUAUCAAGAGAGUUAACGAAGCGUGGUCGAAUAUGGUGGGACGUCCAGUGGUUGUUCAUUGCUCAGCGGGAGUCGGACGAACGGGGACUUUGGUAGCGCUUGACUGUUUGCUAGAGCAACUACGUGCCACUGGGCAAGUGGCAGUAUUUAACACCGUCGCCGAGCUACGCCGCCAACGAAAUUUCCUCGUACAGUCACUGAAACAAUAUGUGUUUGUUUAUCGGGCGUUGGUUGAGUACGCACAUUAUGGGGACACUGAGAUUCCAGCCUCGCGUCUAAAGAGCUCAAUAGACCGACUUCGUAAUACACCAGAGGGCGCCGACAAGUGUCUCAUGGAACAUGAAUUUGAGAAGAUGAUGAAUUGGCCGGUGGCGGAGGCGGUGAAGUCGUGUGCGGCGGGCGCGGGUGAGGAGCUUCGCGCGCGUAACCGCAGCGCCGACUGCCUGCCCUACGACCGCAACCGCGUCAUCCUGGCGCCCAUCCCCGGCCGCGACUUCUCCACCUACAUCAACGCCUCCUUCAUCGAAGCUUAUGACAAUUCAGAAGGUUUUAUCAUCACACAAGACCCACUGCCCAAUACUAUAAUGGACUUUUGGAGGAUGGUUUCAGAGCAUAAUGUUGCCACUAUUGUAAUGCUCAGUGAGCUUGGAGAAGGCAAAUGCCCACGCUACUGGGACGAUGGCACAGCCCAAUAUGAGCAUAUCUCAGUCCAAUACGAGGAGAGCGAAUCGUGUCCCUAUUACACGCGGCGACAGUUCAGGGUCACUAAUAACAAGAGUGGCGAGUACAGCUGCGUGCGGCAGCUGCAGUACCAGGGCUGGCCCACGGCGGCGGGCCACGUGCCCGAGGUGACGCGCGGCCUGGCCGAGCUGGCUGAGCUGGCUGCGCCGCCGCCCGCGCCUUCCGCUGCCCCCGUCGCGCCCGAUGCUGCUCGUCGCCCGCUGCUCGUGCACUGCCACCUGGGAACUGAAAGGUCGUCGCUAUUCGUGGCACUGUGCAUACUGAUCUGGCAGCUGCGCAUCGAACGGCGUGUGGACGUCAACAGCGUCGCCCGCAAAGUGCGGUCACAACGUGCGCGCACCAUCGACACUUUCUUACAAUAUGAAUUUUUACAUCGUGCCAUAUUGAAUUAUGCGGAGCUGCAUAAUCUAUUAGAAGACAGUUAA